AAAUUUAUUAAAACAGAAUGCGCUUCCUGACUUAAAUGCAUUUAUCAUUUGAAAUUCGAAAGACCGGAACCAAAACCGCGUAUAAUACCAGAUGUAAAACAAUUAUCUCACGAAUUCCUCCAUUUGAACAAUAUGCAUGCGAAACAUAUCAGCUGUUCAGAUAUGUCAAAACCUGUUUGACAGGUGAUGUAACUAUUAAAAAAACAACAAACAAUUUCUUAUUUUCAUAUUUAUAUCAUUAACAUAAACUAAAAGCGCGUAUAUCAACGGGUUCAACAUGUUAGUUUUACGCCAAUGGCGUCAAUUAAAUGGCAGUGUUCCAUUAUCGUUUGGGAAACGGAUAUGUGUGCAAACAGGACAACAAUACACAAAAGUGAAGCCAUACAGACAACACCGGCAAAUGGCUACCAGUGUCGGUGCCGCGGAUACUAAAGCCAGUUUGGAGAUUAAUGGACAAAUUUAUCCAACGGACGAUUGGACAAAUGUGACGCCCAAAAUACUCUCCUACUUGGGUGUGAAUAAACAUUUGCAACGAAAUCAUCCACUUUCAAUUAUACGACAACGCAUUAUUAAUUACUUUUACGCCUGCUUUAGAAACUCGCGCGGCAAUCCCUUAUUUUCGGUAUAUGACCAGCUAAGUCCUAUUGUGACUGUGGAACAGAAUUUUGAUAAUUUACUAUUUCCGCCUGAUCAUGUAAGUCGUGCUAAAGCAGAUUGCUAUUACAUUAAUCAAAAUCAAUUAUUGCGUGCCCAUACCACCGCACAUCAAGCAGACCUAAUCGCUUGCGGCUUAGAUAAUUUUCUGGUAACCGGUGAAGUGUAUCGCCGUGAUGAAAUUGAUUGCACACAUUAUCCUGUCUUCCACCAAUUAGAUGCAGUGCGAUUGGUUACCAAGGACACACUUUUUGGGCGUAAUCAAGAUUUGCAAAUUUUUGAAAAUGAUUGGCAAUUGAAUGUUAAGAAUUCUUCGCAACCCGAAACAUCUUCAAAGUGCUUAGAUCAAACGAAACAAAUGUGUCAUACGCUUGAAGCAGUCAAAUUGAUGGAGCACGAAAUGAAGGAGGUACUGGUUGGCUUAGCGCGCGAUCUAUUUGGUGCGGAAUUAGAAUAUCGCUGGGUGGACACAUAUUUUCCUUUCACACAACCUUCCUGGGAGUUGGAAGUACUUUACAAUGGUAAAUGGCUAGAGGUGCUUGGUUGUGGUAUUAUGCGUCACGAAAUUCUACAAAGAUCUGGCGCUCACAAUAAUAUUGGUUAUGCUUUCGGUUUGGGAUUAGAGCGUUUGGCAAUGGUGCUCUUUGAUAUUCCCGAUAUAAGACUGUUUUGGUCGAACGAUAGUGGUUUUCUUAAACAAUUCAGUGAAGAAAAUUUGCUUAAACUUCCCAAGUACAAACCAAUAUCCGUUUACCCACAGUGUAGCAACGAUCUUUCGUUCUGGUUGCCAUUGGGCGUAGAUGUAGAUGCAGGUUUUGCUUGUAAUGAUUUUUAUGAUCUUGUGCGUUCGGUGGCCGGCGAUGUUGUAGAGCAGAUUAGCUUAGUGGAUCAGUUUAAGAAUCGUAAAACAAACAAAUCCAGUGUAUGCUUUCGAAUAGUCUACAGGCAUAUGGAGCGCACCUUGACGCAAGCGGAGGUCAAUAAGAUACACAAAAGCAUAGCCGAUGCUUGUGCUGAAACUUUUAAAGCUGAAAUUCGAUGAAAAAAAUUAUUUUGUUAACAAAACAUUAAAUAUUUUUUGAAAAAAUUAAA